AUGACGAUCGUUGUGAUGCCAAACGCAACCGUAUUGAAGAAGAUAACAUUUCCGGACAAUGUCGUCAACGUGGAAUUUAAGGGACCAAUACACAAGGAUUAUACAGACAAACAAUAUAUCAAGGAUUUGCCCUCUGUUCAUGUCCGGGCGGAGUGGCGUGAUUCCACCCUGAAAAAGAUCUUUGUUCGCUCAAAGUUGUGGAAAGUGUACCUGUCGUCGAAUGUUAGCGAGUACAAGCAUGUGUUGAAGAAAUUACAGGUCUCCCCAUCGGACAAACCCUACGGAUAUCCGAAAAGCGAGCCAAUUUCCGCUGAAGAAUGGGGUAGUGCCGUGUCGGUGGUUUCGGUGGAGAGCCAGAGUGAGUUGCCGGUGGGCCUGCUAAUGAUUUUAAGUAAUACUGAGGAGGAAACCACAAUGGGAGUGGUAUAUACCCUUAUCCUGAUCAUCGCCCUGUACGCUUUGAUCAUCACGGAGUACAUAGAUCGCUGCUUAGGCUGUAUACUCAUUUCCGUUGCUUCACUGACCCUUUUGGCUUGUAUGGGACGCCUGCCCACCUUCGAAAUUAUCACCAGCUGGAUAGAUUAUGGGGCCUUGAUGGUACUUCUGGGCAGUAUGUUUAUGGUGGCUGCGAUGAGUGACACGGGAUUCUUUGAGUACGUUACACUGGUGGCGUACAGGACCUCCAAGGGACAUGCAUGGCUUCUCAUUUACCUAUUGUGCAUGAUAGCUGCCUUUAUGUCUGCCGUUCUGGAUAAUGUUACAGUCAUCAUGCUCCUGGCGCCAGCCUCCAUAAGGCUGUGUGAGGCCGCAUUUAUCAACACCAAAAUCGUACUCAUCAUGCUGGCCAUGUACGCGAAUCUGGGUGGAUCCAUGACGCCGAUGGGAGCGCCAGAUAACAUACUCAUAAUCGAUCGUAUGAUAGGUGAUUACGAAAUCAAUUUCGCAUACUUCACGGGAAACAUGCUGCCGCCAUGUGUGCUCUGUAUGUUAACUAUUUUUGGAUUGAUCUUCGUCUUUGUGGGUGAGCGAAUCUAUAAGAUUGACGACUAUCAGUUGGAGAGGAGGCGCGCCAUGAAGAAACCCACGCGGGAGAUCCGGAAUCGCAUGAAGGAGUUGAGGAGAAAGAUGCUGACCGAUAAAGGGAGCUGGCUUAAGCCGGUGCCCAAUUACUUCAACAUCCUGGCCACCGUGGAGGCGUACCAAUCGCCCAUGGACCUAACCCUGCUGAUACAUAUCGGAAUCGCCGUGCUCUUUAUCAUCGCGGGCUUUAUCCUAAGAUCAUUGCCAAGUAUAAUUCCGCAAUCAUCUUUUGGUUGGAUCUCCAUGAUGGCCGCCUUCCUGCUGCUCAUCCUGGCCAACAAGCCCGACAUCGGUCCAUUGCUGGCUAAGAUCGAGUGGAGAAUUCUGCUCUACAUAGCAAGCCUGUUCAUCAUAAGCGAGGCAGUUCUUGAGCUGGGCUUCAUCACCUGGCUGGGUCAUCAGGUGGUGACUGCAGUGACGAAUGUGGAAUACAAUCAGCAGAUCAUAGCUAGCAUGCUGAUCCUUUUGUGGUCGUCUGCUUUGUUAUCCGCUUUCUUUGAAAACACUGCAGUUGCGGCCGUUCUUAUGAUGGUUUGCUAUGAGAUUGAACAUGCCGAUGAGGUAAACAUCCCGUUGAUGUCGCUCAUCUGGGCCCUCUUGCUCGGAACGAACUUUGGGGGCAAUGGUACCUUGCUGGCCUCCCUGUCCAAUGAAUUUGUGGCGGCAAUUGCCGAAGACCAUGGCUACAAAAUAAGCUUCAUGGAAUUCUUCUACAUGGGCUUCCCCAUUAUGCUCGCGUCGUUGGUCGUCACCUCACUGUAUCUGAUCACUGCUCGGGCCAUCGUAGAACUUGGCUGGCUAGGGAAGUCCUUGAGUCCUGGCGCCGACAUGCGUGCUUUAUUGGCCAUAAGCCGGCGAGGAGCGGCAAUCCAGGACAAGGGGCACUUAGCACUCCUUAAGUUUUACAACUUCACGCUCAAUCAGACGCUGCCAACGGCUGCUGCAGGUCAUAAAAAGUAA